CUGUGUGCGCGCAUGCGCACGCCGUCCAGCGCGGAGAAAAGGACGGAAGUAGAGCGGCUUUAUUUUAAAGAUGUCUGAGGAAAAGUCCAAGGAGAGCGAGCACAUUAACCUGAAGGUUGCAGGUCAGGACGGUUCAGUAGUGCAGUUUAAAAUAAAGAGACAUACGCCGCUCGCAAAACUGAUGAAGGCCUACUGCGAGAGACAGGGAUUAGCCAUGAAGGCCAUACGCUUCCGCUUCGACGGUCAACCAAUAAGCGAUACAGACACACCUGCUCAGCUUGAAAUGGAGGAUGAAGACACGAUUGAUGUGUUCCAACAGCAGACAGGCGGAGUGUGUUAAACACAAACACACACACACACAGCGUUCAGGGAUAAACUGAUGUAUUUAAGUGAAUACAAAUGUAGGACUUUUUCAUGUUUAUUUUUUAAAGUGUACACUUCAUAGAUUCAUAAAUUGUCUUCUUCUUAACUCAGUUGUAUGUGAUGGGUGUCGUUUAUAUUUUUGGUGUCUUGUAAAUAAUAAAUGCUAGUCGUUCGUUCAUUACAACCACACAGUGGAGUUUGGUGCUGCUUUGUGACGGUGUCUGUUUUUAAAAGCGCUAUACAAAUAAACUGACUUGAUGUGA